AACCUGAUAAUAGCAGCUAUGAUAAUGAUCUAAGAGGGUGUGUUAAUGUGCAUGGGAGAGUGAGUGUGUGUAUCCGUGUUUGUGUGUGUGUUCGUGUGACUGUGGUUGGAAAGGAGCACUCUGUGACAGUGAAGAACACAGACAGAAGAAGGAAACCAACUGAAUUGUCAGCUGAGACAAGUAACUUUGGCCACUCCAAUCUAGCUGACCAUGGGUACUGGCCAGAGCAAGGACAAGAUGCAUUGCACCCGCUACGUCGAUGGCAAGGGCCCUCUGUCAGUCGAGCAGCAAGUGGAGAAGGACCUUGAGGGACGGAAUGGAACUCAGAUUAUGGGGGACCAACCAGAAGGAGAGAUGACCCUACAACAUGAAAGGAGGAGUUUGCCUGGCUAUCCCAAAGACGACACUAUAAAGAUCAACUUUGCGUUUGCUGAUGGAAUACAAACAGAGAAUCAUCCCAGGCCAGGAGAGAAGUAUCAUGGACUGAAGACAGCGACCUUCUUACCUCAGAAUGUUAAGGGGGCCGCGGUGGUACGACUGCUGGAGAAAGCUUUUCAGCAGAAGCUGCUGUUUACAGUAGCAACUGACAGCACUGGGGAAGUGGCCGUGGUUCCCACAAACAUUCCAUUCAAGACCAGCGGUGAUGAGACAGGGCCAGAGAGCCUUCGCUAUCCAGAUCCAGACUACCUAACCAAAGUGGCCAAACUCUUGAAAGACAAGGGGAUCAAGUGAGAGCCUUCAGACAAAUGGCAACCCUAACCUUUAUACAGAGCACAGGGAGGGAGGGAACCAAGUGACGCCAUUUCAUCAAACAGUGCCCAUUAAACAAAGGACCUCAUCAUCUAGUGGAGUAGUCUAGAGGAGUAGUCUCAGAAACAACUAUCAGCCUGAGGUAUGCCAGGAUAUAAGUGUUCCUCUGUUGUAUCAAAAUAUGCAAUAUAAAUGCUGAUUAAUCCAUAUUAGAAAAGUGUUGCUACUUUGUAAAUACAUAUGUAAAUAUUGAACUAAUUGCUGAUUGUUUGUAUUUAUGAGAGAGAGAGAGAGAGAGAGAGAGAGAGAGAAAAUGAAUUUUGAUCCUGUAUGACUAUGUAGCCUGUAGAUUCUACAGGCUCUUUGGAUAUUGGUCUGCUUUAAAGCACACUAGGUUUUUAUAAAGCUAUUCAAUGUCCUCUAAGAUCAGGCCAGAUGCCAUUAGCUGAAAUGUAGUGAAUGAAUGUCUUUUACUCUGAUGUAAGUCUGUAAAAUGUGAAAUGUGUAAAAUGUCUACCAUGUACACAGGCCGUACCAAACACUGAAAUAAAGUCAGUCUCUGCAAAAGUCA